AUGACUACGGAUUUCAACAUAUUUUAUCGCUAUACAGGUUCCAAAACAACACCUCCAUGUAUAGAAGGCUCUUCUUGGACUGUAUUCAAAACACCUAUUUAUUUUAAUAAUGAAGCAUUAGAAUCUUUUCGUCCUGUACAACCAUUGGAUGGGCGAAUGGUAUAUCGAAGCUUUCCCAAUGAUACUGUAUCAUCUAUAUCUGACUAUUAUUGUUGUACACAAAAUGCUGGUAGAAGUUUUUCUGGUGUAUUUUUAAUUUCAUUGAUCGGUAAACAAUUAUUCUUAUUUUCAUGGCUUUUCACAUUUUACGUUUUGUUACGAGACUAA